UGACCAGCUCAGAGAAGUCCUUGCUGUAGUAACCAAAGAACGAGAUUUGGCUCUCUGGGGGAAACACCAGAUCCAAGCCAAACUGGAGAACUUAGAGCAAGUCCUAAAGCAUAUGCGAGAGGCUGCUGAACGGCGGCAACAGCUGGAACUAGAGCAUGAACAGGCCUUGGCUAUUCUCAACUCAAAACAGAAGGAAAUUGAACUGUUGCAACAGGCUCAGGUUGAGGCAAAGAAAGAACAUGAGGGAGCAAUCCAGCUGCUAGAGAUCACUUUGGACAGUAUGCAGGCCAAAGUUUGCGAGCUCGAAGAAAAAUGUCGGACGCAGAGUGAGCAGUUCAACCUCCUGUCCAAGGAACUGGAAAAGUUUCGGCAACAAACUGGGAAGUUCGAUCUUCUAGGUACUAACCUGUUGGCCUCCUCAGCUCUUCCUGGCUCUCCUAGCAAAACUUUAGCCCAAUUGAUGAACGGAAUUGCCGCCUCUUUGGGUCAAGAUCAUGAAAGUCCCUCCCGAGGCCAAUUUGUGAUCUCUGAGUAUACACAUCCUCUGCAGCUGUCUGGUGACAAACCAGAACAACUCUCCAUCAAACCAGCUUUCCUCGUCCGCUCACGUUCCGGCAUCUCAAGAUGCAGAUUUGAAUCAGGCAUGGAGAAUGAACGGAAUUCUAAUACCUCAAAGCAGAGAUAUUCGGGGAAAGUCCAUCUUUGCAUUGCCCGAUAUAGUUACAAUCCUUUUGAUGGGCCAAAUGAAAACCCUGAGGCAGAACUUCCUCUCACUGCAGGAAAAUAUCUCUAUGUGUAUGGAGAUAUGGAUGAAGAUGGCUUUUUUGAAGGUGAACUUCUAGAUGGACAGAGAGGCCUGGUUCCAUCCAACUUUGUGGAUUUUGUGCAGGAUGAGUCUCGUUUAUCCAGCGGGUUGGGCGGGGAGCCAGAACAGAAUGUCCACAACCACAGUAGUCACCUGGUAGAAGGAGAAGGUCUCCAGGAUACCAAUUUACCGGUCCAGUUAGACUCCAGCAUCCUCAAUAAUGGUGCAGGAACUCUGGAUGUGAACAUUGACGAAAUUGGAGAAAACAUUGUGCCUUACCCUAGGAAAAUAACCCUUAUCAAACAAUUAGCCAAAAGUGUCAUUGUGGGCUGGGAACCUCCAGUCGUGCCACCUGGAUGGGGAACCAUCCAUAGCUAUAACGUCCUAGUGGACAAGGAAGUCCGAAUGAACGUCCCCUUGGGGAGCAAAGCUAAAGCUCUCAUAGAAAAAUUGAACAUUGCUACUUGCACUUAUCGGAUAUCCGUUCAAAGCAUAACCAGCCGGGGGAAUUCCGACGAAUUGCAGUGCACCUUGUUGGUCGGGAAAGAUGUCAUUGUGGCACCUUCACACCUUAAGGUCGACAAUAUCACCCAGAUUUCGGCGGAGAUCACCUGGCUCCCUACGAACAGCAACUACAGUCAUGUCAUCUUCCUCAAUGAAGAGGAAUUCGACAUUGUCCGGGCUGCCACCUACAAGUAUCAGUUUUUUAACUUGAAACCCAACACGGCCUACAAGGUCAAAGUUUUGGCCAAGCCCCAUCAGAUGCCCUGGCAGCUGCCUUUGGAGCAACGCGAGAAAAAGGAAGCUUUUGUAGAAUUUUUGACCUUGCCAGCAGGUCCGCCAGCUCCCCCUCAAGACGUUCGAAUUCAAGCUGGCCCAACUCCUGGAACUAUCCUGGUUUCUUGGAAGUCACCAGUCCUCACCGCCGCGGGGACCUCCAACGGAGCCAAUGUGACUGGCUACGGUAUUUAUGCAAAAAGUCAAAGGGUGGCUGAAGUCAUGUUUCCAACCGCAGAGAACAGCACCGUAGCACUAACCAAAAUCCAGAGCGUGGAUGCCAGAGAAGUCCUUGUCCGGACACUGUCUGCCCAAGGGGAGUCCAUGGACUCGUUGAGUGCUCCCAUCCCACCUGAAUUACUGGUGCCUCCCCACCCUCCGCCAGCUUCCAAAUCUAAGCCAUUAUCAAGUGCCAGUACCCCAGAUACCAAAGAGGAACAUUUGUGUCCCCACGGAAAAAGGGACGACUCCUGGGAACAGACCCGUGCGAACUCUCCCAUCCACGGACACACUCUGGAACCUCCCAACUUCCACAGCCCACUUCACGGACGGCGGUCGCCGUCUCCUAACCGGAUCCUCCCACAGCCGCAGGGCACUCCUGUCCCUAACACAGUCGCCAAGGCGAUGGCACGAGAGGCAGCUCAGCGGGUGGCAGCCGAAAGCAACAGGAUGGAGAGGAGGCCCGUUUUUCCAGAAAGGAGCAACAUGUUGCAGUAUGCCAACUCGGAUGAGGAAGAAGACGGCUAUGACUCACCCAGAGUCAAACGAAGAGGUGCUUCGGUGGACGACUUUUUGAAGGGCUCUGAACUUGGGAAACAGCCCCACUAUUGCCAUGGGGAGGAAUAUCACACGGAAAGCAGCCGAGGCUCUGAUUUGUCGGACAUUAUGGAAGAAGAUGAAGAAGACUUAUACUCAGAGAUGCAGCUGGAAGAUGGCGGGCGGAGACGAGUUAGCAUAACCUCGCAUAACACCCUGAAGCUCUUAAGUAAGCCCAUGUCAUCCAGGCGGCCGGAUCGAGGAGAGCAUCCAGAUCGAAGAUUAUCUCAUGGCACUUCAGGUCCCCAAAGGUCACGUCCCAUCCUGGUCCCUUCUAUGGAUGGGUACAGUAGUCGCGACCGCCUGUCUCCAGAGAUCUAUGAAGAAUCAGAAACUGAUCCUGGAGCAGAGGAGAUGACCACGCGCAUAUUUGUCGCCCUCUUUGAUUAUGAUCCACUGACCAUGUCUCCAAACCCUGAUGCAACUGAAGAACUUCCCUUUAAAGAAGGACAAAUUAUCAAGGUUUAUGGAGACAAAGAUGCCGAUGGGUUUUAUCGGGGGGAAACUUGUGCGAGACUUGGCCUUAUUCCUUGCAACAUGGUUUCUGAAAUCCAAGCGGACGAUCAAGAAAUGAUGGACCAUCUUCUGAAGCAGGGGUUCCUCCCUCUGAAUACCCCAAUCGAGAAACUUGAAAGAAACAGAAGAAGCAGCCGUCCGCCUGGGUCGACCACAAGAAGAAUGGUUGCAUUGUACGACUACGACCCAAGAGAAAGCUCUCCUAAUGUUGACGUGGAGGCUGAGCUCACAUUUUGCACUGGAGACAUCAUUACUGUCUUUGGAGAAAUUGAUGAAGAUGGUUUUUAUUAUGGAGAACUUAACAACCAGACGGGUCUCGUUCCUUCGAAUUUUCUUGAAGAAGUGCCUGAUGAUGUAGAAGUCUAUUUAUCCGACGCUCCCUUGCGGUACCCUCAAGAAGCACCCAUGCGUACAAAAGUGAAAAGGGUUCCUCCUGAGAACACAGGUACACCACCAAGGAGAGCACCAAGCCCCACAGCCCAUCUCCACUCGGGGUCACCUCUGCCAGCUAUGGGUUCUGGUAGUCCCAGGCGAGGCAGGGAGCUGUCUUCGAGAAAGACAAAGGGGCUCCUUUCCAAAGGGAAGAAACUACUGAAAAGACUGGGUGCCGUGAAAUGAAACUUACAAUCAUCUGGACAUCCUCUAAAAACCAUCAGACUUUUUUUAAAAAAAACACAAAAAAAUAC